UAUUCAAUGGUGAUAAGGCAUCCUUUAAUUAAUGACGAAUCUAGUCCUCACACUGUCCGGUAGUGAACGCCUUUAUAAGCCAUCGGAAUGACUAUAAAGUUACAGGCCUCUGUGCAGUGCCAAUGCCUUCUCUAAUUUUCUUUCUUAAGCAGUACUCUUCCUCAAUCGCCACUUUUUCCAACCAAAUGUCGUGCGAUGAUCCAUGCGUCUGCUCUGCCGUGAUACAGUCUCUAUAAACGGCACGAUGAUUACCUGGCAUAUUGUUCUCAAUUUGCCAUACGAUGAUGAUCAAAACAUUACUGCAUCCACUACCCAAAUACCACUGUCAAUAUGGGCUGGAGGCACUCAAUUAUUCCACCCAUUAAUGGCAAGGCAAAACAUUGUACUCUGUAAUCAACAAGGGACAUUACAAGUGGUAUCAGAGCAUGAUUCUACCAGCCUGCGGGGCAAAACUAUUUUGAAAAUCAUUCUCUUAAGAGCAACAAGGCAUUCCUAUAUGUGUGUAAUGUGUGUUGAGUAUGCUUACUCCAUGUGUAUUUUAUAUGAAUUCUUUUGCUAUGUAUGAUUUGUAUUGCUUCAGAUCUAAUAUGUUUUCAGCAUAUGUGUUUUGUAUGUAUGCCUUGUGACUUACAUGUAUCUAUGUGUUCACCUUGCAAUUGAUGUGUCUUCAGCAUGUUUACUCCAUGAGUACCUUUCAAAUGUAUAUUUAUGUAUCCACAUAUAUGCUC